CCAUUUUCUAAAAGUUAUGAGGAAACAAAGUUAAUUGGAGGGGGGAGGCUACAAUUGUGUAGAUAUGCUUCCUUGAUAAUAAAAUUAAAUCGAUGGAACUUAUGUUGUACAGCAAACCAAAAAAAUAAUAACUUGCGUAAAUGUUGAACGAUUCUUUGAUAUAUUCCGUAUUCUUUAAAAAAAAAUGAAUGAAUGAAUGAAUGAAUGAACGCAAGACCAUCUACGAAAACAAGGCUACUAAUUUGCUGGAUUAGUUAUGUCUGUUUCUGUUUUCCGUAUUAUUGUUUUUAUCCUGCACUUGCAGUAAACGGUUAAGAAAGGCAUGUGAAACAGUGUUUGGUCAUAUUAAGACAAUGAUUUCUUACUCAGGAUUCCUCGACAAAUUAACGAAGAACAUUGCAAACUGAAACACUAACAUUAUCAAGAAUACAUGUGACACUUUAAAGAAAUUUUGUAUAUAGCUUACAGAUAUAUUUCCAUGUGUUUUUGUUAAAAAGUUGUAAUAUAUUUGAGAAAUUUAAACGCUAAUGUUUACUGAUUGAUACAUAACGUCUUACAUGCUUGUUCCAUGUCAAGAACUGGAGCUAGUAGCAUUAUUUUUAGUUUCUAAUUUCUAAUUACAAAACAAACUUCCAGUGUUUCUUUGUGAAUGAGUAUAUCUACAAAUAUCUUUAAAUUAGGUAUUGUAAUCAUGAUUACAAUCAAGAGCAAGUUUUGAUUAUAUAAACUUGUUAAGCACAUUUACUUCAUUGAUAUGUCUCAUAGACAGCCACAUGAACACUACAAAAUAUAAAAAUUAUAAUUGAUGACAGUAUGGAAGAGAACUCAUCUAAAAGUCAGGACUAUGGUGAAAUACAAUCCAGUGAUAAAGAUUUAUCUCAUCAUCCACAAAUAGACAUAGAGAAGAAAUCGUACACAUGUGACAUUUGUGGAAAGACAUUCUCUGAGAAACAUAUUUUUACUUCUCACAAGUGUAAGCAAACAGGUGAGAAACCAUAUCUUUGCGAAAGCUGUGGUAAAAGUUUCUCGUUCAGGUGUGAAUUCACUUCACACUUACACAUGCAUACAGGUGAAAAGCCAUACCACUGUGACACUUGUGGAAGAACAUUCACACAUAGGAGUACAUUGACUAACCAUAAACGUAUUCAUCCCGAUGAGAAACCAUUCCACUGUGAUAUUUGUGGUAAAGAAUUCUCUGAAAAGGAAACACUAACUCGUCAUGUCCGUGUUCAUGCAGGUGAGAAAGCAUACCAAUGUGAUAUCUGUAGCAAAGCAUUCUCACAUAAAUGUAAAUUAAUAUACCAUAUGCGUAUUCACACAGGUGAGAAACCAUUUCACUGUGAUACCUGUGGUAAAACAUUCUCACAAAAGGGUAAAUUAAUUAAUCAUAAACGUAUUCACACUGGUGAGAAGCCAUACCAUUGUGAUAUUUGUGGUAAAACAUUUUCUGAAAGGGGAACACUAACUGGUCAUAUUCGUAUUCAUACAGGUGAAAAAUCAUUCCACUGUGAUAUUUGUGGUAAAUCAUUUACUCACAAUGUUCAUUUGACUCAUCACAGAAGCAGCCAUUCUGGAGAGAAGCCAUUUUGCUGUGAUAUCUGUGGUAAAGGAUUCUCAGUCAAGAGUACGUUUAUUUCUCAUAAACGUAUUCAUACAGGUGAGAAACCAUACCAUUGUGAUAUCUGUGGAAGAGCAUUUACUAAUACUGGAGCACGAUCUCUGCAUAAACAUAUUCACACUGGUGAAAAGCCAUACAAAUGUGAUAUCUGUAGCAAAGCAUUCUCACACAAAUGUAAAUUAACUUAUCAUAAACGUAUUCACACAGGUGAGAAACCAUUUCGCUGUGAUACCUGUGGUAAAACAUUCUCACAGAAGGGUAAAUUAACCAAUCAUAACCGUAUUCACACAGGAGAGAAACCAUAUCAUUGUGAUAUUUGUGGUAAAACAUUUGCUGAAAGUGGUACUCUAACCAGUCAUAUACGUAUUCAUACAGGUGAGAAACCAUAUCACUGUGAUAUCUGUGGUAAAUCAUUUACACGCAAUGUAUAUUUACUCCAUCACAAAAACAGUCAUUCUGUGGUUAAGCCAUAUCCUUGUGAUAGCUGUGGUAAAGCUUUCUCGCACAAGAGUACAUUAAUUGCUCAUAAACGUACUCACCCAGGUCUAAAUCCAUUCCACUGUGAUAUCUGUGGUAAAACAUUCCUUCAUAAAUAUAAGUUAACUUAUCAUAAAUGUAUUCACACUAGUAUAAAACCAAACAAUCCAAGCACCACCAGCAGUAAGAAACCAUAUCGUUGUGAUGUCUGUGGUCAGGCAUUCAAACAGAGUACUAUAUUAAUUUCUCAUGUACGUACGCAUACUGGUGAAAAACCAUAUCAAUGUGAUAUCUGUGAUAAAGCAUUUGCACAGAGAGGUGCAUUAACUGCACAUAAACGUAUUCAUACAGGUGAAAAACCAUACCCCUGUGAUAUUUGUGGUAAAACAUUUUCUCUCAAGAGUAAUUUAACUGUCCACCAACAUAUUCACUCAGGUUAGAAACCAUAUCUUUAUAACAUCUAUGAUGAGAUGAAGGCAGCAAGCUGGCAGAAAUGUUAGUACGCCAGGUGAAAUGCUUAGCGGUAUUUCGUCUGUCUUUACGUUUUGAGUUCAAAUUCCACCAAGGUCGAUUUUGCCUUUCGUCCUUUUGGGGUCAA